UUAAGGAAGAGCGCUAGCUAAGCACACUGAGCACCUCCCAGAGGGGCGAGCAGACUCCCGCAGGGGGAGACCCUUCCAGCCACAGCCCCGGGGGGAUGGGACUGUGACGCGAGCGUAAGGUUCUCGUUUUCCCUUCUUUUGAUUAUUUUCCCAGCCUGGACACCGCUGUGCAAAGCGGUUUGUUUUUCGGUUUUCGCUAAGGUGACACCGGUGCCUCCGCCCCCUCAGAAGGGGCGUCGACUUACUGGUGCGGGACGCGUCUCCUCCCACUCCCGCACUGUUCCAGUGUUUAACCAAGACGAUAGUCAGCGUUCACCAGAAAUAUCUUCUUUGUUUUCUUUUCAGCUCAGCUCAAAUUGACCUAACUGUUAAAGAAGAUUUCUGUGUACUAUUUUCUAUAGGUAACGCUAUGAAUAAAAACUAUAUACUGUAUUUCAUGCAGCUAUACAGAGUUAAUAUAUCUGAUUUUGGAACCCCAUUCAACUGCAACAUUUAAGUUAAUGCAAUCUUCAGUAUAACUUUUACGUAUAUUAAACACUUUAGUGCAGACACUAUAUUGUAUAUGGUUCAUUUUCCUUUCUUUUCUGAUACAAUAACCCUACUUUUUUAUGCAAAUGUUAUUUGUAGAACAAGUGUGUUGGAGCUUUCCAUAGGCGUAACAAAGCAUGUUGUCCAUAUAAUGUUCUGUAUUGCACAAAUGCUUUUUUAACAGUCCUUAGGAUUUAUGGGGAGGCCAGUUGCACACUUCUUUCUUCCCUUGCUUGCAGACUCGGGAAGUAAACAGCUCCCAAGAUGUCUCAAGGUGUAAAUGUAUGCUUCAGGGCCCAACAGUAAAUUUGUAUAUACAUUCAAAGACAGUUAAGUUUGGUCUACUGGUUAUAUUUUAAUGCUUUUUGAUUAGCUGCAAAAUUGAUGCCAGUUCUGCAAACGGAGCACAUAUUGAUCAUGUCAUGUUUUUACAAUUCUCCUAUACAAUAAAAUAGACCACUGCCAUAGCUUAUGAAUUACUAAGAGGAAAGACUCAAGCCCUAUGGAUGCUUACUUGAGUUUGCAAAAUCGCCUUUAAAAUCACCAGGCUCUGUGGCACUCGCAUAACAUGAUGUUAUAAAGGAAAGCAAGUUUUUCUUUCCUCUUUUUUUCCACUUGCAGUUUCUAUUAAUGAUACGUUUUUCUGUUUAGCAAAGGCCUUUAACAGAAACUUCUUCCCCGUUAACAACGUUUGUGCUCUGUCUCUCUCUGCUGACCCCCUUAGAGCUGACAGAGUGUCUGGGGAGAGAAAGAGAGCAUGGAAAGAAUAAUUGCAUGAUAGUUUUCUAAGGCUCCUCUUUAACAUGUCCUUUGAAGUAGAUAGUGUAGGGGCAGCAGUGUAGAGUCCUGGUUAGCAUUCUGGAGUCAAAACUGGAAGGCUAUGGAUUCAAAUCCCAGGUUUUAUCCUUGAGCAACUACCCAAAUAUCCAGCUAUAUAAAUGAUUUCAAAAGCAGAUUAGUUUGAGCAAGUAACACUUCAAAUUAAUAGUUACUAGUAAGGUAGUGAUAUCAGACGUGAGCUGAAUUAUCAUGAGAACUGUAAUCAGGUGUGUUGAUACCAUGGAAAGACAUUUGUCUUAUAAAACCAAUACAGAAUUUGCAAGAAAUAUUUUCAAAGUUCUGUCUGUGCAGAAAGAAUCACCAUCAGCCAGCAUUUAGCUAAACAUGAUAAGCUAUAAACCUAAAGUCAUUUAUCUAUACCAUAUGUAUUUUUUAAUUUUGCAUGCUAUAAAUAAUUCAGUUUUUUAUUUCUGUUCUUUGGAACUUCUGCCCCUCUUACGGUUAAGCCCGAGGAGACAAAAAGCAGGACAUCUUCAAGAAGAUACUGUAGUGGAACAGUUUGUGCAGAUGGCUUCCUUUCUGUUAAUCUCCUCCCUAGUUUUUUUAUUCUCCAUGAAUGUUCAGUGUUGCCAGAAGAAGAUUUAGAAGCAGUCAUGUCUACGAAAAAAGAGAAUAGAUGCACUUAAACAAGUACAUGAUAUCAAAGGGAGAUAAGACUUUAAAGUUCUAAGAACUGUUUAUUUCUGCUAUGAAUCUGCUUCUAGAAUUCAACCUGAGUUGCAGGGGUGGCCAGUUUUGGAUGUGGAGAGUCACAAGCAUGCAUGUCUUUUAGAUUGUAAUUGCAGCUGUAGGGUUGUGAAAGGUGCCUGGGGACAGAGUCUGUUCUGAGGAAAUGGAAAGUCAAGGAGCCUCUUGAAGAACAGCAGAACUGCCAAAGUCGUUUGAAAGAUGAAGCCUUCAUCUUUCAUGUUUCUCCUUAUCUGCUCUGCGGCCUGCACAAAUUUGAAAUUAAUCUCCAAGAGAAACUCUGUGGAUGGCUGUAUAGACUGGUCAGUGGAUCUGAAGAAGUACAGAGUCUUGGCAGGUGAACCAGUGCGGGUGAAGUGUGCUCUCUUCUACAGCUACAUCAGGACUAACUACACAAUGGCCCAGAGUACCAAGCUUCGGCUUAUAUGGUAUAAAAACAAAGGGGACUCAGAGGAGCCAAUCAUAUUCUCUGGACACAGACUAAGCAAAGAAGAUGACUCCAUCUGGUUUCGAUCAGCUGAGUUACAGGACAAUGGAUUUUAUACCUGUGUGUUAAGAAACUCAACGUACUGUAUGAAGGUGUCAAUGUCCUUGACUGUGGAGGAACAUGACUCAGGCCUCUGUUACAACAGUAAAAUCCGAUACUUGGAAAAGGCAGAGAUCACAAAAAGUAAGACAAUCGCCUGCCCUGAUAUUGAGGACUACAUUGCUCCAUACAAACAACCCAUGAUGACCUGGUAUAAGGAAUGCCAGAAAACAACAUGGAGGAGCUCAAUAAUAGUGAACACAACAAGUGUCACAAUACCAGAGAUUGAGGAAGGGGAUGGUGGAAAUUUCACAUGUGAAUUGAAGUACGGCAGUAGGGUGGUGAGGAGGACCAUAGAGCUGAAGGUUACAGCUCUCCUCACAGUCAAGCCUCCUAAAGUGCUGUUCCCCCUGGAAAACCAGCCAAAUGUUAUUGAUGUCCAACUGGGUAUGCCUUUCAGCCUAGACUGCAGGGCAUUCUUUGGAUACAGCGGAGAAUCCAAGCCAAUAAUCUACUGGAUGAAAGGAGAGAAAUUUGUCGAGGAGCUGGAGGGUCACAUAAGGGAGACCGAAGUCAGGGUUCUUAAAGAGUACCUGGGGGAAAAAGAGGUGGAGCUGUCUUUGACCUUCGAUGCAGUGGAAGAGAACGACACGGGGAAUUAUACCUGCUAUGUGGAGAACCAUAUUGGACGCAGACAUGGCAGUGUCAUUUUACAAAAAAAAGAUAUGUACAGAGUGGAACUUGCAGGUGGCUUGGGAGCUAUCUUGCUGCUGCUUGGCUUCCUCACUGCCAUCUACAAGUGUUAUAAUGUGGAGAUCAUGCUGUGCUACCGACGGCACUUUGGAAGUGAUGAGACUGAAGACGACAAUAAAGAAUAUGAUGCGUAUCUUUCAUACACCAAAGUGGACCUUGAAUCGCUGGAUCAUGAAACCAGUGAAGAAGAGCAGUUUGCCUUAGAAAUCCUUCCCGAUGUCUUGGAAAAACACUAUGGCUACAAGCUCUUUAUUCCAGAUCGUGACCUUAUUCCCAGCAGCAUUUAUAUUGAAGAUCUUGCAAGGAGUGUGGAGCAGAGCAGGAGACUUAUCAUUGUCCUAACACCAGAGUUUGUUGCCAAGCGAGGAUGGAGUAUCUUUCAGUUGGAAAAUAGACUCCACAGCAUGUUGGUGACUGGGGAAAUCAAAGUCAUCAUGAUUGAAUGUACUGAUCUCAAGGGAGUCAUGAACUACCAGGAGGUGGAGGCCUUAAAGCACUCCAUUAAAGUGCUCUCAGUGGUCAAGUGGAAGGGUCCUAAUAGUAACCAGCUCAAAUCCAAAUUCUGGAAGCAGAUACUGUAUGAAAUGCCUGCCAAGAAAAAGGAGACACUUUCCCAUCGACAGGUCUUGGACUCUGGAGAGCAAGGCCUCUUUGGAGACCUCCAAACAGUUUCCACCAUUGCGAUGACGACCACAUCUGCCUCGCUGGCCCCCGCCCACAUGGAGAUCCCUGACUUUAACCAGACAAACCACCCACAGAUGAGACAUUACUGCAGAGAUUAUGAGUAUGAGUUAUCUUCAUCCCCUGUACCAAUCACGGCCAUGGGAAACAGGCAUAUGUAUUGUAAUAUUCCAAUGACAGUCCUCAAUGGGCAGGUAGCACAUAAUAACUCUGGUAAAAAGAAGCCAGAAAUCCACUUGAACAGUACAUUUGUUCCACUAUCUGCAAGGGAACUUACAAGUGAUAUUUGGUAGAGUGCACUGCUAUAAAUAGCCUCCAUGGCUUCCUUUUAUAUCUGCAUGAAGAAUCAUUAAAAUGAACACAGAUUUGACUUACAAUGAACACAAGGAACAAUUUCUGACUUUUUUUCUUGUUUGUUCAUUUUUGAAAUUUUGUUCGGGCAUAAAAAAAAAUGAGGGUAGCUCCAGAAAUAACUUUCCUACUUGAAUUUCUCCUUUUUGGGGAAAAGAGAUUCACAGCCUUGUGUUAAACGUUCAAGGUGUUGUUAUGUACAGUUUUCAUAUCUUUUAGACAUAACAGUAUAGACUGUUUGAUUUAAUAUUAGUUGUUUUCUUUUAUUUGUGUGCGUGCGUGAGUGUGUGUGUGUAUCUACCCACAUUAAAAGGUUUCUUAGAAGGGAUUUUGUAGGGGGAGGUAUUCACUGUCUUUAUGGCACAAUUUGUAAAGAGGGGCUGCACGGGUUCUUGUGAGCUUUAAAAAUAAAGUUUUAUUUAAGUAAAUAAACCAUAACACAAUUUGCAAAAAGAGAUUUUCAUUGUUUGAAGCUGAUUCAGUUUAACAAAUUGUUUGACUUUUGAUGCUAUUCAUGGUUUCCUAAGACUUCUGUGACUUUUUGUGCUGUUUUUGAUGGCUCAUAUCUCUAAAGACCAAUCAAAUUUUAGCCUGAAUUAUUCAAGGAAGUUUCCAGUUUUUAUGGUGUAUUCUGUGGAUAAGAUAUACAGUAUGGACAAAAUUGACUGAUUUGUAUCAUCUGGUACACUUUGCCUCAUGUUCUUUUCAAACACUGCCUUGAAGAUUUCCAGGUGUUUAGGUACCAAUUUGCUCAUAUGAAGCCAGGUGGAAACAUUUAUCCACACUUCAGGAAAUCCAUAAAGACAAUGGAUCAUCUGUGGUGAAACAGCAGUAGAUUAAACCUAAUCUGUACAUGGAAUAUGUCAGGAGUUUAUAUAAUAAUGGCUUUGUUUUCAAUCAGAUUCUAUAUACAAUUCUAAUAGUACAAACCAACAUACUGCGAUACAUUUAUUUUUUGGUUUGUUUUUGUUUUCAUUUAGUGUUAUUUAUUUGUUAUUUGUAAUUUAUUUGUUAAUAGAUUUGUUAUUGUCAUGCAUUCCAGUGCAUCAAAUGGUGUAAAUCUUUCACUUCAAUUCCUCCGCUAGGAAUAAAGUGGUUCAGAAGACUGGAAAGAUAUUUAUCCCGCUGUUUCUCCUAAUUUGAACUGUAUUUGUUGGACUGUAUGAGUAUUGUUUAUUCAAGACGUAGUAAAAAGGAGCCAGACUUUUUGGGGAUUUGAUUUUCUUCUGAUCUGAGUUUACAUUUUAACUGUUUUUACAAAUGUAUCUCUCUCAUUGUGUUUUCACACAUAAUGCUUAAGAGAAGAACUGUCCCCAGCUAUUUACCCCAGAUCAUAAAGUGUCCAGUACAAUUAAAGGUACAAUAAGGAAAGGUACAAUUUGGUAAUGAACCAUAAAAAAACAACUUAGCUUCAUUUGAAACGACUGAGAAAAACUGAUAUGUUUGUCACAUGAAGAAAAAUGUUUCCUUCUGCUCAUUUUUAUUUUACAGCAGUGUUUCUAAAUUGUGUUUCUCACUCUUUUUCUCCAUGUCAGAUUUUCAGUAUUUUUUCAUUUAUAUAAUGUCUAAUGCUGAAGUAUUCUUUCUUCCAAUUAUUUGUAAGUUGAAGUAGAUUAAAAUUCGUGUUUUGCAGUUAGGUUUUAUGUUUGUUUUAUAAAAGACUUUGAGUUUCCUAAGGCUGAAUCAAGACUUUAUCCUCCCGAUAUUGCCUUCAUUCCUCGAGGCAUUAAGAGUUAAUACAACAGCAAAUGUGUAUUCAGUAAUCAUAGGAAAGAGCACCACCUAGUGUUUACUGCAGUUUCUUUAUCCUAGGUCUUUACAGGGCUUCCAUUCCUACAUUAUGUAGGUACAGGUAGUGGACAGAAAAAUGGAAACACCUGGUAAAUGAGGGACAACAAGAAGCUUGAAAACAAGGGCUUCCACACAGGUGGGAGCUUAAACAUUAGUUAAAGGAAAUAACAUUCUAGCACCUUAGGGUCAUACUGUAUAUACUGUAAAAAUGCUGGUCAGUCUUGGAUGCCUAUAACUGUGGCUUGCAUGGCUGCAAAAGGCGACCACAGUGGUUUUAAAAGAGAGGAUGUUGGGGUGCAUGUGGCAGGAGCUUCAAGGAGUGAUCAAGGCAGCUGAGCUUGUUCAACAGCGUCUAAGGUGAUGACAUCAUAGAACUCCGAGGGAAUGACAUUAUCAGUAGGCAGGCACACAUACGCGAGGAUUGUGCUAUUCUUGCAUUAGUUCACAGUGCAAGGCAAAACUGGAAAUCAGCUGCAGCUCGGAUAACUUAAAAUUUCAACUGGGGACGAGCAGUGUUUUCCCAAUGAUGUUAUCCAUGUUAUACAGUAUGAUGGCCUUCUUGGUCAUCUGAACCCAACUGAGCAUUUAUGGGAUAUCCUGGAAUGAUAUCCAGAACAUUGUUUUUCACCUCAACUAGGCAUGAAUUAAUUUAAUUUCUCAUGGAAUAAUGAUAUCACAUCUCAUUUACAGAAUUCCAGGCGCUAUGCCAAAGCACAUAUACAGUAGACCAUAUUGGAACAAGUAAUAGGUUUAUUCCAUGCUGAA